AUGGCUUUCAAAACUGCCGCCGCCAUGCUCCUUGACCAAAUUGCCACAGUCCUCGACUGGGACGGCAAACUUGAACUCCCCGGCGCAGAAGUGAGAGUCAACUGCGAAGGACGCUGCACUCUCGAAUGGAGCACUCGCCAGGACGACAGCUGUCCCUCUCACACUAUGUACUGGGAUGACACCAACCCUGGCUAUAUCCGGGUUACCAGCAUCCAGCACAACAAGAUCAUUGCCCCAAGAACUCCUGGCCCUAGAAGACUGUGCUUCAGGGUCCCAACUUACACUGACGGUGGCAUGCGCCGCGCACUCAACCGCGCUAUGAAGAACUUGGGCAUGAGUAAGAAACUCCGUGACGAGGCAGGCAUCAGGCUUGUCGAAAAGACUGAGAAUACUCCCGAACACGCGGUUUGGGUUCUCACGCGAAUUCCUGUCUAUGAUGAGGAAGACUGA